AAUGCCAGAGUCCCCUUUGGAGAGUGUCUGUCAGCCGUGUGUGAUGUCAGGGAGUGUUUGUGCUGAUGGAACAGAGGCUGGAAUGAGGGGGGUCUUGAACCUGCCUCUCUCGGGUGUUACCUGUGGGUCAGCUCUGCCCUUCUUGGCUGACUUCUGCAUAUGUUUGGGUUCUGGGGGUUUUCCUGCGGGGAGCCCGGGUUGUGCCGAGGUCCCGUUGUCCCCGGUGGGUGGUUGGUGAUGCCCCAAACGUGGGGCCGGGUGCCAUCACCAGACUGCAUCUCCCAUAAUGCCCCGCGUCGCGUCACGUGGGUGUGACGGCGGCGUGCUGACGCCAUCGCGGCGCAGCCGUCGCCAGGGUGACAGUGUGGCCCGGAGCGGCGCAGCGCGGCCAUGCCGGCCGGCGGGGACGGACCCCCAGCCAAGCGGCCCAAGGUGGCGGCGCCGCCGCCCCCCCGCCCCGCCGCUCAGCCCUCCUCCUCCGCUCAGCCCUCCUCCCCCGCGCCCCGCCGCCACCCGCCGCCCGUCGACUCGCAGCGCCGCGCCCUGCCCAUCUUCCAGGCGCGGGGGCCGCUGCUGAGCCAGCUCCGGGGCCUGGACAGCGCCGUCCUCAUCGGAGAAACGGGCUCAGGGAAGACCACUCAGCUCCCGCAGUACCUUUACGAAGCAGGAAUUGGCCGCCAGGGCAUCAUCGCUGUGACUCAGCCUCGCAGAGUAGCAGCUAUAUCCUUAGCUACCAGAGUCUCGGAUGAGAAGAAGACAGAGCUGGGGAAACUGGUUGGCUAUACUGUACGCUUCGAUGAUCUCACAUCUGAUGAAACUAGAAUCAAGUUUCUGACAGAUGGAAUGCUGCUUCGAGAAGCUAUUGGGGACCCAAUGCUGCGGAAGUACAGUGUUGUUAUCCUGGAUGAAGCCCAUGAGAGGACAAUCCAUACUGAUGUACUCUUUGGAGUGGUGAAAGCUGCACAAAAGAAACGAAAGGAACUGGGCAAACUGCCACUGAAAGUGAUCGUCAUGUCGGCUACGAUGGACGUUGAUCAGUUCUCCCAGUACUUCAACAGAGCUCCUGUUCUCUAUUUAGAAGGCAGGCAGCACCCCAUUCAGAUCUUUUACACCAAACAGCCUCAGAGCGAUUACCUCCACGCAGCGCUGGUGUCAGUCUUCCAAAUUCACCAGGAAGCACCCGCUUCUCAGGACAUCCUGGUGUUUCUGACCGGUCAGGAAGAGAUUGAAGCAAUGACCAAAACCUGUCGAGACAUUGCUAAGCAUCUCCCUGAUGGCUGCCCACCGAUGGUGGUGAUGCCUCUUUACGCUGCUCUGCCCUACUCUCAACAACUCCGGGUCUUUCAGGCUGCACCCAAGGGCUGUCGCAAGGUGAUCCUGUCCACCAACAUUGCAGAAACCUCCAUCACCAUUCCAGGAAUAAAAUACGUUAUAGACACCGGCAUGGUCAAAGCAAAGAAGUACAGCCCAGAAACUGGUCUGGAAGUGCUGGCAGUCCAGCGGGUGUCAAAGGCGCAGGCUUGGCAACGCACAGGGAGAGCGGGGCGAGAGGACAGUGGGCUCUGUUACCGGCUCUACACAGAGGAUGAGUUUGAGAAGUUUGACAAAAUGACAAUACCUGAGAUACAGAGGUGUAACCUGGCCAGCGUGAUGCUUCAGCUCCUGGCCCUGAAAGUUCCCAAUGUGCUCAACUUUGACUUCAUGUCCAAACCAUCUCCAGAUGCUAUUCAAGCAGCGAUUGAUCAGCUGGACCUGCUGGGAGCUGUGGAACGAAAGGGAGAUCAGCUUGUCCUAACCCCCCUGGGAAAGAAGAUGGCAGCCUUUCCUCUGGAACCAAAGUUCUCUAAAACCAUCCUCAUGUCCUCCAAGUUCCACUGUACAGAAGAGAUCCUGACCAUGGUGUCACUGUUGUCGGUGGACAGUGUCCUCCACAACCCCCCUGCCCGGCGGGAGGAAGUGCAGUCCGUCAGGAAGAAAUUCAUCUCCAGUGAGGGGGAUCAUCUGACCCUGCUCAGCAUCUACAGGGCCUUCAGAAAUGUCGGUGGCAACAAGGGAUGGUGCAAAGAGAACUUUGUCAACAGCAGGAACAUGAUGCUUGUGUCAGAUGUCAGAGCUCAGCUCCGGGACAUUUGUGUAAAGCUCUCGAUGCCGAUUGAGUCCUCCCGCUCAGACACGGGGAACAUCCGCCGCUGCCUGGCUCACAGCCUCUUCAUGAACGCGGCGGAGCUGCAGCCGGACGGCACCUACAGCACGGUGGACUCGCACCAGACGGUGGCCAUCCACCCCUCCUCCGUGCUCUUCCACUGCAAGCCUGCCUGCGUGGUUUACAAUGGGCUGCUCCACACCAACAAGUGCUACAUGCGGGACCUGUGCGUGGUGGAUGCCGACUGGCUGUACGAGGCAGCGCCCGACUAUUUCCGCAGGAAGCUCCGGACGGCCAAGAACUGACCUGUGUGUCUGGGAUCAGGAGCUCCAGGGUUCUUAGGCUCACCCUAAAAGACUCUCUUUUUUGGUUUGUAAUGACUGUACAGGAGCAGUAGAGCUUUGCCUUGAAAAUAAGGUAAAAACCUUAGAUGAAAACGGCUUCUCCAUGAGAAACAGAACCUCACAAGUCUCCAUGGCUUAGAACAAUCACCCUUUUCAACAGUUAAUCUGUAGAAAGGGAACACUGUAUGUACUCUGCGCACAUGCGUAUUUGCAUGUGAUGAAUCUAUACUGGGGGUGAAAGAGGAGUUGGCAUCAGCUUCCAGUUUUUAACGCUUACUGGAGUUUCCCAGGCUUGUAUAUGAGGAAACAAAAUCCUAAGAGCUCUUCUGAGCAGACUUUGGAUUUUUGAUGAUUGUGCUUGUGUCCUUAGCAAGUUUUAUUGGUAAAAAAAGUUUUAAAUGUCUAUAUGCAGGGAAAAGUAUGCCUUUUUUUACUGUUUUAGGAGGGUGGUGCUACUGUCUUUUACCUCAUCAAACGUCUUUCUGCCUGUGUGUCACGUUCACCCUCAUUUGGGACAAUCCAAAAGCCAGUGCUGGGGAUGUGCUGGCUUGGGCAGAUCCUCACUGGCUGUGUCUGAACCUCAGGCUGACAGUGGUUCCUCGGAGAGGUUGUCCAGCUGCCUGCAUGUUUGGAAUCGUCUUUGUUCAUCCUUUUUGCUGUUAGGAUGUGGUGUUAUUCCUCAGCAAACACUUCUGGUUUCCUGACUCUUGUCCGUGCUUUGGAGUUUUCACAGCAUCCACCACGGCUGAUCAGGCCAACUUGAGGAAAAGUGGCAACAGGAAACAUAAUCAUCUUUUAAAAUACUGGAGUUAAGAAACUAGAGCUGCUCCAAAUGGAAAACUUGUUAGUGGAUUUAUUCCGUUACAACUGUGUUGGUGUGGGGAAAAAUGUAAAUUGUUUUUUUAAAUGAUAUCUUCAGUACGUCUAAAAUAACUUCUCUGGGAGAGGUAACUUCCCAUUUCAACAGAGUCUGUUGACACGGCAUAUCAAUUCAUACAGAUUUUUUGGAUGAGUUGAACUAGAGCAGGUUGUGGGUCUGAAAGGAUGGGGGAGGAAGCUGUUCUGCACACGCAGAGUCAUUGCACAAUACAGUGAUGUUAGUUUACACUGGUUGUGGUGGGAUUUUCAUCCUGUGACUAAAGUGCUGUUUAGUCUUUGUAUCCUUCAAAUAGCAACUUUAAAAAGCUUAACGUGGCAGCUCAGGGCUGCAGUCAUACCAGCUAUUGACAAACCCUUAUUCCCUCCGUUUGCUCAGGGAAAGCUCCUGGCUUUGUUCGUGAUCACCGUUUUCUUUGCAAUAAUUUGUUCUUUCUGGUCACACGCAUCACAGUUACACACACAUUGUAAUAUGCCUUUUUGUUGGGCUCCGCUAAUUGGUUUUCUCUUGGAGAGCUGGGGCAAAUACCUUGUUUGUUUGUUUGACCGGCAUGUCACUUGUGCUGAUGUGCAAAUCGCCAUCCCAAAGAGCAAACGGUGUGUCUGGUGUGUCUGGAACAGCCUCGUGUCUCAGCCUGUUCUGGGGAAGGUGAUACUGAAUGUCUGCAGGGUCGCAGUGGAAACAGACACACAUCCCUGCGUCGUGCUCCUUUGCACUAUUGCUUGGUGGUUUGCAAAAAAUACAAGGAAUUAAAGUGGUGCACUGGCAAAACUUGCCAUUUUUGUAUGUGUGACCAGCUGUGGGUUUGGAUUGGCAUUUCAGGAGUGCGCAGCUAUUUCAGUUGUUCUCCCUGACUUGAAUUGCAGGGAAUUAUCAGAGCGUUGUAUCUAUUUAUUGUUUUUACUGCACCUGUAGAGGAAAAUAGAGCAUAAGCACAUUUUAUUUGGUCAGUCUAAUUUAACAGGCUGUUUAAGGGAGGGAACGUAUCUUUAUUUAGAACUAAUUUGUAUUUUUUUUUUCAAAAUAAAGAAAUAACGGCAAAAGUCGAAA